AUGGCGGCCCGCACAGAGCAUCAUCCGGUGGGAGCGGCCAUAUUCUGUGCCCUACAGCGCCUCUUUUGGAAACCGAACGAAGUCCCUGGCAGCGUUUAUCCGCGCUACGUUGACUGUUCGCCGCGUGCCGCUUCCGACGAGACUAGAUUACCGCUCACAUUGAACAGGAAUGUACUGUUACAGGGAUCAGUGUCAUUCAGGGAUGUGGCUGUAGAUUUCAGCAGAGAGGAGUGGCAGCACCUAGACCCUGAUCAGAGAAACCUGUAUUGGGAUGUGAUGCUGGAGACUUACAGCCACCUGCUGUCAGUAGGGUAUCAAGUUCCCAAAUCAGAUUUCUUCUUCAUGGUGGAGCAAGGAAAGGAGGAGGGUGAGAACCCUCAUCAGAGCUGUCCAGGAGAGAAAUUAUGGUACCAAAAUUAGUGUGGAAAAAUAUUCAGCUAUCAACAAGCACCUUCUCAACAUCAGAAAAUUCAUACUGAGGAGAAACCCUAUGAAUGUGCUGUAUUUGGAAAGGUCUUCACUCAGAAGUUGCAUUUCAAGUUACCUCUGACAUUUCAUACAGGAGAAAAACUCUAUAUAUGUAUUGAAUGUGGGAAGGCUUUUGUACAGAAGCCAUAAUUAAUUACAUACCAGAAAACUCAAACUAGAGAGAAGGCCUUUAAAUGCAAUGAAUGCGGAAAAGCCUUUUUCCAUUAUCAGAGAAUUCAUACUGGAGAAAAAUUCUAUGAAUGCAAUGAAUGUGGGAAAGGCUUCUCUUAUAAUUCAGAUCUCAGCAUACAUUGGAAAAUUCAUCCUGGACACCAUGACUGCAGUGAUUGUGGCAAAGCAUUCGUGUAAAAGUCCACUCUUAAGAUGCAUCGGAAAAUUCAUACAGGAGAGAGAUCCUAUAAAUGUAUUGAAUGUGGACAAGUCUUCAUCCAGAAGACACACUUGACUGCACACCGAAGAAUUCAUACUGGAGAAAAACCAUAUAUAUGCAAUCACUGUGGGAAAUCCUUCACUUCCAAAUCAGAACUCCAGAUACAUCAACGAAUUCACACAAGAAUAAAGCCCUAUAUAUCUACUAACUAUGGGAAGGUCUUCAACAGUAAUUCCAAACUCAUUACACAUAAGAAAGCACAAAUUAGAGAGAGAUCUUCUAUCUGUACUGAAUGUGGGAAGGCCUUUAUCUACAGGUCAGAGUUAAUUACACAUCAGAGAAUUCACACUGGAGAGAAACCUUAUGAAUGCACAGAAUGUGGGAAGGCCUUCACCAAUAGGUCAAAUCUCAUUACACAUCAGAAAACUCAUACAGGAGAGAAAUCUUAUAUAUGUCCCAAAUGUGGAAAGGCCUUCACUCAACAAUCAGACUUGAUUACACAUCAGAGAAUUUACACUGGAGGGAAACCUUAUGACUGCAGUGUGUGUGGAAACCUUCACCCAGAAGUCACACCUCAGUAUGCACCAGAAAAUUCACAUGGAGAGAGACAAUAUGAAUGCCAUGAAUGCGGGAAAGCCUUCAAUCAGAAAUCAGUACUCAUUGUGCAUCAGAAAAUUCAUACUGGAGAGAAACCCUAUGUAUGCACUGAAUGUGGAAAAGCCUUCAUCAGGAAGUCAAACUUCAUUACCCAUCAGAGAAUCCAUACUGGAGAGAAACCUUAUGAAUGUAGUGAUUGUGGGAAAUCCUUCACUUCAAAGUCUCAGCUCCAAGUGCAUCAACAAAUUCACACAGGAGAGAAACCCUAUGUUUUUAUUGAGUGUGGGAAAGCCUUUAGUGGCAGGUCAAAUCUCAGUAAACACCAGAAAACUCACACUGGAGAAAAGCCCUAUGUCUGUUCUGAAUGUGGGAAGAACUUCAGACAGAAGUCAGAAUUGAUUACACAUCGGAGAAUUCAUACUGGAGAAAAACCUUAUGAAUGCAAUAAAUGUAGCAAAGCCUUCAGACAGAGUGCACACCUUGCUCAACAUCAGAGAAUCCAUACUGGAGAGAGACCCUUUUCAUGCAAUGAAUGCGGGAAGGCCUUUAGCCGUUAUGCGUUCCUUGUUGAACAUCAGCGAAUUCACACAGGAGAGAAACCAUAUGAAUGUAAGGAAUGUAACAAAGCCUUCAGACAAAGUGCACACCUUAAUCAGCAUCAGAGAAUUCACACUGGAGAGAAGCCCUAUGAAUGUAAUCAAUGUGGGAAAGCCUUCAGUAGACGCAUAGCCCUUACUCUGCAUCAAAGAAUUCAUACAGGAGAGAAACCCUUCAAGUGUAAUGAAUGUGGGAAGACAUUUGGCUAUCGCUCACACCUUAAUCAACACCAGAGAAUUCAUACUGGAGAAAAGCCCUAUGAGUGCAUCAAAUGUGGGAAGUUUUUUAGGACUGACUCACAACUUAAUCGGCAUCAUAGAAUUCAUACUGGAGAGAGACCGUUUGAAUGCAGUAAAUGUGGGAAAGCCUUUAGUGAUGCUUUAGUUCUAAUUCACCAUAAAAGAAGUCAUGCAGGAGAGAAACCCUAUGAAUGUAAGAAAUGUGGGAAGGCCUUUAGUUGUGGCUCAUACCUUAAUCAACAUCAGAGAAUUCACACUGGAGAGAAACCCUAUGAAUGUAAUGAAUGUGGGAAGGCUUUCCAUCAGAUCUUGUCCCUUAGGCUACACCAGAGAAUUCAUGCUGGAGAAAACCCCCGUAAGUGUAAUGAAU